AGGUGGCAACGUCAUCCUCUAUGAGCCAAGACGCCACAGCUGAGGACAAUGCUGUUGAGAAGAAGAACAGGUUGGGCCGGACAGAGCUCCACAAUGCUGUUUGCAAGGGCGACGAAAAGCGUGUCCAGCAGCUCCUGCAAAACCGCGCAUCUGUUGAUGCCAAGGAUGAAAGCGGCCGGACACCAUUGCACUUGGCCGCCAGUGAGGUCUCCGGACCAACCAAAAUCAUUAAGCUGCUGCUAGAGGCGAGGGCCAUGACUGAGGCCAAAGACCUGGGCGGUUUGACUCCAUUGAAUUUGGCUUGCGACUCGAAGUGCGAGGAAGCGGUGGCUGUUCUGCGGAGCGAGAAAUUGGAGCAAAGUGGGAAAACCGCGUUAAGUUCUUCCGUAGAGACUUUGGUGUUCCAUUUUGUUUUUGAGAUUCAGCGAGCUGUGCACUUGUAUUCCAAGUGGCUGCUGCACCAAGGGUUGGCAUUUCAAAUGUACGUGGAGUCAGUAGCAAUAGACCCGUGUCCGAAGGCGCCGCUGGAUGUCCUGCACUUCUUGCCGAAGCACAUGCCAGCCGUGGCCUCCGAUGCAAAUGAAAUCACCUUCGAGGGAAACAUCAUGCCUAGCGCAGAGCAAUGCUGGACGUCGUUCCCUGGCAAAUUCAAGGCUGGAUGGGAUGCGCUGGUGAACGUGCCAGCUUUUGGCGACAGUGUUGCAUGCGUUUUCUUGUGCGAUUCCCAGUCUGGCCUUGGGGAGCACAAGAAAGAUCCAAAAGGUGAUGGCAAAAAAUGCUAUUGCUACCGGAUUUAUGGAGAGCGAGCAGAUGCAGAGUACAAGAAGUUUGGAUACAUCAUCUAUGUACAGAAGAAGUAUUCAGAAUGCAGUGAUCUGGAGAGAAGCAAGCUGGAGCAGAAGGCCAACGCCAUGGAUGCAGAGCUUGUUUUUGAAGAUGAUGACAGCAGCACGAGGGACACAAAGGAGAAGCGGGCCAAGGAAAAGUUUGCCCAAAAGAAGACCGCAGCAUUUGGCUGCAGUUGGUACGAUUUGUGGUUCCAACGUGUGAGAGAAGCAGUACAACGAGGCCAACGGCUGAAGGUCGUGUUCUUUCCUGGUGAAGUGAUGCAAGGCAAAGUUGAUAUGGAUGCACUGGCCACAGCUGACCUCUGGAAUGGUGUUGGGCUUGGAACGUCCCAGAAAUGCGAGGUUGCCACACUUGAGGCAAUGAGGAAGGAAACUGGCGAUCCCAAGUGGGACUACGAUCCAGUAGAUGUGACCGAUUUCCUCAUUUCACAAUUCAAGGAAGGUGAUUUGGUGGAAGCGUUGGACGCGGACAGCCGGCGUUGGCGCAUAGGCCGCAUCCUGAAGGUUCCGCAAAGCGGGAUGACGAAGGAUGACAGGCACACCGUGCGACACACCUGGAACAUCAUCUGCAACUGGUCCGGGACAGAGUUCCAGUCAGAGCAUCUGAGGCCUUUGGUGCAACAUACCAACGGCUUUGAGACCAUACUGCAAGGGUUCCAGGAUAAGAAGAUGCUGCGGUCUCUGGAGGAAUUCUUCAGUGUUCAGGUGAAGCAGGUGCAGCGAUCUUGGUCCGAUGGGAGGCAUUCCAUAGCAGUGAAAUUGAAGAUCAGCACCCUUAGGCAAGCCCACAGCUUAAGGGACAAGGUCCUGAGCGGAGAUUUGGAUCUAAAGAUCAAUGAUAUUUUGUCCAUACAGUGGCAAGUAGGAAUUGAUAAGAGCGCUUUCUUGACCUUCUAUGAGAGAUCCCUUCUGUCAUUGACGGAUCUGACAAAGCACCAGAACGAAGUUCUCCAAGAGCUCAGAGAUGCAGGUACUCGUGAGCAAGGUGUCAUUCACCUGUCUGCAGCGGCUGGUGCGGGGAAGACCUUCAUAGCGGUGAAGUGGGUCUUAGACCAUCUCAGAAUGUCCUCGGGAAAGGUGCUGUACAUUGCACCCAACAAGGCCCUCGUGUUGCAUUUCAUUCGGUGGCUAUUGGCCUUUGCACAUGCAGACAGGGACUCAUCAUCAAGAUACUUCUCAAGACUCCUGGUAUUGUAUGAGCCCUACGAUCAAGUACGAGUGCCUGUCAUCAAUGGCAACCAGAUCCUUUUCGAGUCAGCCACAGUUGAGCUGGAACCAUGUCAAGUCAAAGUACUUGACGAAGCGCAUUGCAUUUUUUGCGCGGACACGGACUCACUGAUCCAAGACCGCUUGAAAAGCUACAGUGCGAGAAGCACAGUGCUGCUGUCUGACCUGUCCCAAGGUUCGAGUACCACAUUUUCAGUUGAUCGACACUAUCCCAUCAGGCGUUCAGUCAAACUCAUAGAAGUCGUUCGAAGCACGCAGCGCAUUGUUGCAGGAGCAUUGAAUUUUCGACUCGGCGAAUCACGUAAUGAGAAUGUUGACAGCUUGGGGACACAUGGGCCACCGAUCAAAACCUUUUUAUUUGAAGCCCAGGCAGAACAAGACAAGAUGGAAGAGUAUGCCAAGCAUACAAUUGCAGCCAUCAACUAUGUUAUUUACCACUUUCCAAGCAUAAACCUGAACAAUAGAAUUGCUUUGCUAGUGAAGGACAAUGAUUUCCUCGGAUCCUUGAGUGGAAAACUCCGACGCCACCUUCAGAACAAGUUUGCCAAGCGAUAUUGCUUGGUGUCGUAUGAGACAUCCCUCAAUUUAUUACCUAGCCACUUGAGCACUGGAGCAUCUGCACAAGGUGUGCAACAAGAGCAACAGAUCAUUUUGGACACUGUCAAGAAUGCCAAAGGUUUGGAAAACCUCAUCGUGAUCUCAAUUGGGCUUGAUGCCCCCAUUCAGGGUGCUUACGAAGAUGGCGCUACAAGAUCCUUACUAUACCAAGGCAUCACAAGAGCACAGCUGGCUUCAAUGAUCGUAAAUGAGUUUAUGCCAGAUGGCUGGCUGGCUUUCCUGGGCUGUUUGAGGCUCAGCAAGGACACCUUCGAUAAAAAGGCAGCCUUUGCUGAGACUGACAAAGGAGCAGCUGCUGCCAUGCUCAAGGUGAAAGACAGUCGACGAGAGGUUGCCGAGGCCGCCAAGACUUUAGAAGAGGAUGAAAUCACAAAAAAAUAUCUGGAAGACUUUGCAGCACAUUCGCUAGCCUGCGCAAAAGCUGAGGGACAGGUUCGGGCCGUGCUUGACGACCUCAAAAAGGAGGAUUUUUGGGAGCUCUGCCAUGCUCAUGCCAAGGCCAAGACGCCACAGCUGAGGACAAUGCUGUUGAGAAGAAGAACAGGCCGGACAGAGCUCCACAAUGCUGUCUGCAAGGGCGACGAAAAGCGCGUCCAGCAGCUCCUGCAAAACCGCGCGUCUGUUGAUGCCAAGGAUGAAAGCGGCCGGACACCAUUGCACUUGGCCGCCAGUGAGGUCUCCGGACCAACCAAAAUCAUCAAGCUGCUGCUCGAGGCGAGGGCCAUGACUGAGGCCAAAGACCUGGGCGGCCGGACACCACUGCACCUGGCCGCCAGUGAGGUCUCCGGAUCAGCCAAAAUCGUAGAGCUGCUGGAGGCUAGGGCUAUGACUGAGGCGAAGGACCUCGGCGGUUUCACUCCAUUGAAUUUGGCUUGCGACUUGAAGUACGAGGAAGCAGUGGCUGUUCUGCGGGGCGCUGAGGGCUCACCAAAAGUUUCAGAAGGUUUGACAGAGGCGGUGACGUGUUUUGUUGCGCCGCUGGAUGUCCUGCACUUCUUGCCGAAGCACAUGCCAGCCGUGGCCUCCGAUGCAAAUGAAAUCACCUUCGCGGGAAUCAUCAAGCCUAGCGCAGAGCAAUGCUGGACGUCGUUCCCUGGCAAAUUCAAGGCUGGAUGGGAUGCGCUGGUGAACGUGCCAGCUUUUGGCGACAGUGUUGCAUGCGUUUUCUUGUGCGAUUCCCAGUCUGGCCUUGGGGAGCACAAGAAAGAUCCAAAAGGUGAUGGCAAAAAAUGCUAUUGCUACCGGAUUUAUGGAGAGCGAGCAGAUGCAGAGUACAAGAAGUUUGGAUAUAUCAUCUAUGUACAGAAGAAGUAUUCAGAAUGCAGUGAUCUGGAGAGAAGCAAGCUGGAGCAGAAGGCCAACGCCAUGGAUGCAGAGCUUGUUUUUGAAGAUGAUGACAGCAGCACGAGGGACACAAAGGAGAAGCGGGCCAAGGAAAAGUUUGCCCAAAAGAAGACCGCAGCAUUUGGCUGCAGUUGGUACGAUUUGUGGUUCCAACGUGUGAGAGAAGCAGUACAACGAGGCCAACGGCUAAAAGUCGUGUUCUUUCCUGGUGAAGUGAUGAAAGGCAAAGUUGAUAUGGAUGCACUGGCCACAGCUGACCUCUGGGAUGGUGUUGGGCUUGGAACGUCCCAGAAAUGCGAGGUUGCCACACUUGAGGCAAUGAGGAAGGAAACUGGCGAUCCCAAGUGGGACUACGAUCCAGUAGAUGUGACCGAUUUCCUCAUUUCACAAUUCAAGGAAGGUGAUUUGGUGGAAGCGUUGGACGCGGACAGCCGGCGUUGGCGCAUAGGCCGCAUCCUGAAGGUUCCGCAAAGCGGGAUGACGAAGGAUGACAGGCACACCGUGCGACACACCUGGAACAUCAUCUGCAACUGGUCCGGGACAGAGUUCCAGUCAGAGCAUCUGAGGCCUUUGGUGCAACAUACCAACGGCUUUGAGACCAUACUGCAAGGGUUCCAGGAUAAGAAGAUGCUGCGGUCUCUGGAGGAAUUCUUCAGUGUUCAGGUGAAGCAGGUGCAGCGAUCUUGGUCCGAUGGGAGGCAUUCCAUAGCAGUGAAAUUGAAGAUCAGCACCCUUAGGCAAGCCCACAGCUUAAGGGACAAGGUCCUGAGCGGAGAUUUGGAUCUAAAGAUCAAUGAUAUUUUGUCCAUACAGUGGCAAGUAGGAAUUGAUAAGAGCGCUUUUUUGACCUUCUAU